AUGCUCGCCCGCACCGCCCUCAGAUUCACCCAGCGCGCCGUUCGGCCACACGCAUUCGCCCCUUUGACCUCGCGAGCCGCUUUCAACUCCUCAUCGAAGGCCAACGACCCCGAGGUCCCAGUCAUCAGCUACCACAAUGGCGAGCGCAAGGAAGAGGCCCUCCAGUAUGAAGCCAGCAAACCAGGACCAGUAACGCCCCCAGGUGCCGAUGCUGAGAAGCCAGCUAUCCCACUCAAGCCAGAGAUUCUCUCCAAGCUCACGCCGACGUUGCAACGAUUCACACUUUCUGGCAAGGUUGCUGUCGUCACUGGUGGCGGUCGCGGUCUCGGUUUCAACAUGGCUCAAGCUCUGGCGGAAGUCGGCGUCCAGGGAAUCGCCAUCAUGGAUGUACAGCAAGAGCUUGGUGACAAGGCGGCCAAAGAGCUUAGUGAGCAGACUGGCAUCGACGUCCGAUUCUACCGUGUGGAUGUUCGUGAUGGUCUCGCUAUGGGCCAGACCGUGGCAGACGUCGUCGAUCACUUUGGUCGUCUCGACAUUCUUAUCAACGCUGCUGGUAUCGCCGACUCCAACAUGAAGGCGGAGUCGUACGACCACGAGAAAUUCCGCCGACUGAUCGACAUCAACGUGACUGGCUCCUUCUUGGUCGCCCAAGCGGUCGCCAAUCAGAUGAUGCGUCUUGGCAAUGGCGGUAGCAUCAUCAACAUCGCCUCGAUGUCCGGAACGAUUGUCAACUACCCACAAGAGCAGUCCUGCUACAACGCUUCCAAGGCCGCCGUGGUCCAGCUUACCAGGUCCCUCGCUGCCGAAUGGGCACGAUACGGCAUCCGAGUCAACUCCAUCAGCCCCGGCUACAUGGACACUGCUCUGAACCGCGUGCCUGCGCUCGAAGCUCAGAAGCGCAUCUGGAUCGAUCACACCCCUCAGAAGCGUCUCGGUGCCGUUGACGACCUGAACAACUUGGCUGUGUACCUGGCCAGCGACGGCUCGGCUUUCAUGACCGGCAACAACUGUCUCAUUGACGGUGGCUACACCCUGUGGUAA